AUGCAGGAGGCGGCUGGAGUUCUGAAGGAGGGCUUCCUCGUCAAGCGGGGCCAUGUUGUUCGUAACUGGAAAGUGAGAUGGUUCGUUUUGCUUCAGGAUAAGCUGCUGUAUUACAAAAUUGAAGGAGGCAAGAAGGAGCCUUCUCCGAAGGGCAGGAUCCUUUUGGAUGGCUGCACUAUUACUUGUCCAUGCCUGGAAUAUGAGAACAGACCGCUACUCAUCAAACUAAAGACAAAAACAAACACAGACUAUUUCCUUGAAUGUUGCUCCAGGGAGGAGCGAGACUCUUGGGCUUUGGACAUCACUGGAGCUAUUCAUGCUGGUCACCCAGUACAGGUACAGGAGCUUCACAGAAAGAAGAACUCUUUCAGGCUGCUGGAGAAUAUCAGCCUCCACCACAUAGUGGAAAGAAUGUACGACAGCAGUACUGGAAUUAAGCUGACCCACAACUUGCAGCAAGGCAACAGAUACAAACAGACCUUCACAGGUUCUGCCCUGGUGGACUGGCUCAUCUCCAACAGCUUUGCUGUGUCACGAUUCGAGGCCAUCACCUUGGCAUCCAUGCUGAUGGAGGAGAACUUCUUCAAGCCGGUGGGAGCCCGGAGCACUGAGGCCACACGCUACAGCGACCUCUCCGACCAGUUCCUUGACGACUCCACCGCACUGUACAUGUUCGCUGAGAGCAGUAAGAAAAAUAUCAGUUCCAAGGAAGACCUGCAAUUUAACAUCUCUGAAUUAAGCGGCACAAUUGUGAAGCAAGGAUUCUUAGUGAAACAGGGGCACAAGAGGAAAAACUGGAAGGUGAGGAGAUUUGUUUUGAGAGCUGAUCCUGCUUUUUUGCAUUAUUAUGACCCCACUAAGGAAGAAAACAGGCCAGUAGGUGGAUUUUCUCUUCAUGGCUGUCUUGUCUCAGCUCUGGAGGACAAUGGAGUCCCAGCAGGAGUGAAGGGCAAUGUGCAAGGCAACCUCUUCAAAAUCAUCACCAAAAACGACAUUCAUUAUUAUAUCCAGGCCAGCUCCAAGGCGGAGCGAGCACAGUGGAUUGAAGCAAUCAAACCACUGACAUGAGUAAGGUGGACUCCAUGCCAAAUGACAUUUGUGACCAAGUUUCCUGCUCUCAUUGUCUGGGAGUG